CCCAGCUCCGGACCUGGGCCGCGGGGCAAGCGGGCGCUGUUCCCGACCCCGCGCGGACUUCGGAAUUGGCACCGGGACGGACAGGCGCCGCAACCCCGGCGCGUCUCCGCCGGACCCCGCGAGAAUGCGCGCCCAGGCGGCCCUGGACGCGCCCCCGAGCGAGCGGUUCCUUCCCCGGGACCCCGCGGCUUCCCGGGACCCGGACGCCGCGCGGCCGACGCGCAGGAGCGCCGUGGAGAGGCUGGCGGCAGACCGCGCCAAGUACGUGCGGGGCCGGCCGGGGGCUGGCCGGGGCUCUGCUUCCGAGGACAGCGGCCCCGCGGCGAUCAGGGAGCUGGGGCACGACCCCGGGCCCCCGGCCCGCGCCCCGGGCCCCGUGGCGCGCAGGGCUAUCGCGCGGAAGCCGCUGCGGCCGGACUCGCUGGUCAUCUACCGGCAGAAAUGCGAGUUCGUGCGAGGACCGGGCGCCGACGGCUCCAGGGCGAGCCUGGUGAAGAAGCUUUUCCAGGGGCCGGGCAAGGACAAGGCGCCGGCGCCCUCCGAGACGCCCCGGCUGGGAGAGGAGGCCAGGGCCGGGGGCGCGGAGGCCGCCCCGAGCAAGCUCGGCCCCGCAGCGGCUCCCGCAGCCCCCGAGACCCCGGCCCCCGCUCCGCCGACCGCAGCGCCCGCCCGGGUGCCGGCUGCGCGCCCGUGCCCCGAGCUGCGGGCGGCGAGGCGCGGGGGGCUGCGGCGCUCGCAGUCGGACCUCAGCUCCCGCCACUCCGCGGCCAUGGCCGAGUCUGACACCUUCUUCCGGUACUGCGGUCUGGACCCCGAGGUGGUGGAGGCUCUUGGGAGGGAGAACUUCUCCGUGGGGUCGGACCUUGUGGGCCUGAAGGUGCGCAGCGUGAGCGUGGCCACCUCCGACAGCGGCUUCUCCCGGCACAGCGGCGGCGAAGACGGGCUGCAGGAAGAGGAGCUGACGGAGCAGGUGCCCAGCACCACCUCGGUCGUCGAGCGGAACGCGCGCAUCAUCAAGUGGCUGUACACCUGUAAGAAGGCCACGGAGACCCCCAGACAGGGGCUGCAGGGGCCGGCGUGACCGCCCGCGCUCGCGGAGACCAGGACCCAAGGUGUGCGCCCGGAACGCGGGGUGGGAAGCCGGUCCUGCCCGGGAGGGCGUGGUGAACGUGGCAGCUGGAUGUGGCUAGUUCCAGCUGAUGCUUAGAUGCGGGACGGAAGGGACCCAGGAGAUUGGGACGCAGAGGCUUACGAGUUGAGCCCCCACAGCUGAGGAGCAGAAGGCACCGACCCAGCCACCUGCAGGUCCGACGAGCGCGCUGCCACCUGACCGCCCACAAGGGCAGUUCUGUGAGUUAACGCGGUCCCGGCUGCCUUAUUACUGUGAAAAUAAGAGAAACCAGAAUUGUAAAGGCCUGUCCGCAGGCAGUUUUACACCCCUGCCGGUGUUAUGUCCCCUGUGAGACGCCAGCUGCUCCACGCGCAGCCCCAGGGUGGCACUGCUGUCGCGCCUGUGCGGAAAGGAAGUCCCUGUACUGUCCCGGGGCCUUUCCCAA